UUAUUUUGCCGCAUACAAAACAAUUCUUAUUGAUAAAAGCAAAACAAUUGAAUUGAGUAUGUUUAAAUGUUAAUAAUGUUCAGUUGAUUGCCGCCAGCGUAAAAUGCCAGCUUAUCAUUCAGAGAUCGAGGAAUUCCAGCGGAAAGUGGGUAAUAUGGCCAUUUUGCCGCUGCGAACAAAAGUACGGGGGCCAGCGCCCAGUGUGAAUACUGAUAACGACAUCAUUGAUGACUCACUGAAUUAUUUCAAAGCGAACGUUUUCUUUCGCACAUAUGAAGUUAAGUCGGAAGUGGAUCGUGUUCUUAUCUACAUAACGCUCUACAUAACCGAAUGCUUAAAACGUCUCGAGCGUUGUCCCAACAAAGAGCAGGGCAAACAGGAUUUAUAUUCGUUGGCUAUAGCGAAAUUCUCCUUACCUGGCGACGCUGGUUUUCCAUUGAACUCGGUCUAUGCCAAGCCGGAUAAUGCCGAUUUAAUGCGUGAAUAUCUGCUGCAAUUGCGCCAGGAAACCGGUCUCCGAUUGCUGGAGAAGGUCUUUAAUACGGACGAUGGUAAACCGAAUAAAUGGUGGAUCUGCUUUGCUAAAAAACGCUUCAUGAACAAGAGUCUUUCGGGACCGGGAGGAGUACAUUUUGAUUAAUUGUUUGUUAGUCAAUAAAUUAUACUUUUAGAUAAAAAUUCCAGUUUUAUUUCAAAAAUCGAUAUAUCGAUAAGAAUAUGAAUAUGUUAUUAAAACGCGCGACAAGCGGUGCCAUGUAGACUAAGUUUCGAUAAAAAAGUGAAAUCGAUUAGCGAUUAAUAACGACAAUUUCUUUUCAGCCCUGGGACAGUGCUGUAUAACGAGUUGCACUCUAACACAAAAGUUUUCUCGUUCGCUGGCGCCAAAUUUAAAUUGCAAAUGAAUACAAAAUGUUUGACGAUUUGUAAUCAUUUAUUAAAAUAAUAGAUUUUUGUUGUUUUUAUAUAUCGGUUGUAGUUUCGUGUGUUUUGCUUGAAAGCCAAUUUAACAGUUGAUAAUUAAACACUAAUGCCACAUACAAAAAAAUAUAGAAUAGCACGGCAGCAGAUACAACUUAAAAUUAAUAACAAACAAAAAAAAAAAUAA